AAGUGUAAGAAUAUCGCUGUUACGGACUACCUGUAGAAGAAUAUUUUUCCCUCCCCAAGGCACUGUGUGAACUUUCAAUAUGCAAACGAGAUCAGCACGCUUUUUGCACAGCACACAGUAGCUUAUGGCUUUCAGACUUAUUUACUCCCCGACCUUCGUUGCCUCUACCUCUUCAUUCAGUGAUGCCCUAUGCAAUCGAUUGCCGUCCAUUUGUUUACAGAUUCUUGUCGCUUUUACAAGAAUUCUCAAAUAGCCUCAUCCUGGUCAAGUCCAUCCAUGCUCAGACUAUCACCAAUCCCGUUCUCGAAGAUCAGUUUUUGGCUACAAAACUUGUCAGGACGUAUUGUGAUCUGGGACACGUGGGCGAUGCUCGUCACGUGUUUGUUCAAUUUUCUCAUCCGAGAACUAUUCUAUGCAAUGCCAUGGUUGGUGGGUAUGUGAGAAAUGAGAGGUACCAUGAGACCCUUGAGUUGUUUAAAUUGAUGGGGUCUGGCAAUAUGGAGAUUGAUAGUUAUACAUGCAAUUUUGCGCUCAGGGCAUGCAUGGGCUUAUUUGAUUAUAAAAUGGGCAGGGAAGUAAUUAGAAGGGCGGCCGAAAAAGGACUUGAAAGUGACCCUUUUUUGGGGAGUUCGAUUAUUAAUUUCUUGGUGAAAUUUGGUAGUAUUGAUGAAGCACGAAGGGUCUUUGACGCAAUGCCUGAGAGGGAUGUUGUUUGUUGGAACUCUAUGAUCGGUGGGUGUGUGCAGGCAUGCCACUCUAAUGAGGCUUUUGAUUUGUUUUUUGAUAUGCGUCGUUUGGGGAUUAGGCCAAGUCCCGUAACUAUGGUAAGUUUGAUCCAAGCUUGUGUAGAAGCAAGAUAUUUGAAACUUGGCGAAUGUGUUCAUGGGUGUGUACUUGGAUUAGGAAUGGGCGGUGAUGUUUUGGUGCUUACCUCAUUGGUUGAUAUGUAUAGUAAGAUGGGUUAUGUUGAAAUUGCUCGUUGGGUUUUUGAUAGCAUGCCCACAAGAAAUUUGGUAUCGUGGAAUGCUAUGAUGUCAGGAUUUGUUCAAAAUGGUUUGGUGCGAGAAGCUGUUGACCUCUUUCGCAGGUUGGUAUAUAGUGGUGGUGGGUUUGAUUCAGGAACCAUGGUUUGCCUCCUUCAGGGUUGUGCUCAAACGGCUGAUUUGGGCGGUGGAAAAGUCCUCCAUGGUUGUAUGUAUAGGAAGGGUCUUAGUUCGGAUCUCAUUUUGUCUACUGCAAUUGUUGAUCUGUAUUCUAAAUGCGGCGCCUUGAAGCAGGCAUCCAAUGUCUUUGAUAGAAUGAAACACAGGAAUGUGGUUACUUGGACUGCCAUGCUAGUAGGGCUAGCACAGAAUGGGCAUGCCGAAGAUACCCUGAAUUUAUUUAGUCAGAUGCAAGAAGAGGGAGUUGCAGCCAAUUCUGUCACCCUUGUCAGUUUGAUCCAUUCGUGUGCCCACCUAGGCUCUUUGAAGAAAGGAAGAAGCGUCCAUUCUCAUUUAAUUCGCAAUGGUUUUGCAUUUGAUGUAGUUAAUGUGACAGCCCUGAUUGAUAUGUAUGCCAAGUGUGGAAAGAUAAACUCUGCUGAGAGAGUAUUUGGCAGUGGGCUCCUCUCUAGAGAUGUUAUUCUAUGGAACUCGAUGAUAACAGGAUAUGGGAUGCAUGGCCAAGGGCAUCAAGCUGUUGGUGUCUAUCAAAAAAUGAUAGAGCAGGGGCUGAAGCCAAAUCAAACCACCUUUGUUGCUCUUCUCACUGCUUGUAGUCACUCGGGGCUUGUGGAAGAUGGCAUUAUUUUGUUUCACAAAAUGGAGGGAGCCCAUAACAUUAGGCCUACUGAGAAGCACUACGCUUGUUUUGUGGAUCUUCUUAGCCGGGCUGGCCGUAUUGAGGAAGCCGAGGCAUUAGUCAGAAAAAUGCCUUUUCAACCGGGCAGUGCCGUGCUUGAAGCUUUACUGAGUGGAUGUCGAACUCACAGAAACAUUGAUAUCGGAAUUCAAACAGCAGAUAGAUUACUUCAUUUAGAUUCUAUGAAUCCUGGAAUUUACGUUGUGCUAUCAAACAUAUAUGCUGAAGCAAGGAGAUGGGAUGCAGUAAAUUACAUUCGAGGCCUCAUGAGAUCACGGGGUCUGAAAAAAACACCUGGCUAUAGUUCCAUUGAAGUAGGAAACCAGGUCUACACAUUUUUUGCAGGAGAUUAUAGUCAUCCAAGGUGGGCAUAUAUUUAUCAGUUUUUGGAAAGUUUGAGGCUGGAGGUUGAGGCUUCUGGUUAUGUGCCAGAUACCAGUUGUGUUCUGCGUGAUAUAGAGGAGCCAAUGAAGGUUAAGUUGCUCUGGGGCCAUAGUGAGAGAUUAGCCAUUGCUUUUGGUCUUUUAAGCACGCCAGCUGGGAGCUUGAUUAGGAUCACCAAGAAUCUGCGCAUUUGCACCGACUGUCAUGUUGUGACCAAAUAUAUAUCUAAGAUUGUCGAGAGGGAAAUCAUUGUAAGAGAUGCCAAUCGUUUCCAUCACUUUUUUGAUGGGAAAUGCUCCUGCAAUGGCUACUGGUGAUGGGUAAAAUGAGAUAUUCUUUAGAGGAAAUGGCAAGCAAAUGGCAAACGCAGCCUCACUGGACAUUUCGGAAGCUGCAACACCUCAUUUGGAUUGAAGAACCUAAUUUUAGAGGGAGAUUGUCACCAUUUAUGCAAACAAGAUAGAGAUUCUCUUUCAACUAGCGGAUAGCUCCAAUGAACAGUGUUAUCCACAUACGUAUGGGAAAAGCAACAAGCUGGAAACCUAACAAGAUCCACAAAAGUGCUGAGGAAACUGCCGCAUCUAACUUCAUUAAUGGAAGCAUCCUCAAAAAGCAUCUCCUUGAAGAUGAAAAGAAAAAUACAAAAAGAGGGGAAAAACAAGGAGAAGAAACCCAUACGUUUAAGAUCCAGCGAGCUUAAUUCUGGAGGCACAGAAGUCCGCACCAACAAUGAAGACCAGACCAUGUGAAGUAGUAGUGGGCAGUAUGAGAUGUUAGAUUCUACACUUCAUUUGGUGGUAACGUUAAUUUGCUCAAAAACAACACAAGCACACCAUCCAACUCUAAAAAGAGGCCCUCUCUCAUCUCAGUGCUAGCUCCUACACUGACCAAAUCAAAGUCAAUCUAGUGGUUUUGAUGAAACCUCAAGCUGACCCAAUCUGAAUGCCCACUGUCUAGCUUCCUUCUCCGACUAUCCUGAUUCCUGGUCUGAGGUGGGUCCUCACUCCUCACUGCCAUUCUUUUUUUUCUUUCUUUUGAAUGGUAUCCAUCCCCAUAUUACUUGGAAGAGACAUGCCAUUGUAAUUAAGUGAUGCUGCAUAUGUAGGAGAGAUGGUGGAACCAUGGAUCACCUCUUACUUCAUUGUGAGAUAGGAAGCACUUAGUGAUUCAACAAUGUGUCCUUGCAAGUUUACAACCAUCGGAGUCAAACAGACCUGCCGAAAAUUAUCAGAGGCGUGUUCACCAAAGAUCCACUCCCAUCUUAUGGGAAUCAACCCAGCAAACCCCAAGCUUAUACCAUAUGCAAUGCCAGAACUGGGCAUACUUCCCUGAAUGGCCAUGUACCAAAUCUGGCAGCAAGAACAAUUGUUACAGCAGCAAAACCGCCUGUUGGCACUUACAGUUCCAGCAGCUACUACAUCAGUUCCUCAGAUUUAUCCAUUGAUGCAAUCUUUUUUCCAGCCAGACUAGUGUCUGUAUUUUCCAGGAAGGGAACUAGAGUCAAUCUAGAUGAGGCCCAGGAUUACAAUUGCUGCCUCAGGCCCAACAUUCUGCUUCUCAAACCAUUUGGUUCCUAGUUCAAUCAAGGGCAGGUAUACAGUGACUAUUCAAGAGAUACAGCAGGAGAAACCAGAAGAAUCAUCCAAGUACUCUUCAUCUGGAGUUUCCAAACCCCCUAGUUUUAGCAACAAUAAUAAUGCUGAACCGCAAAUCCUGGAAAUAUUCCCAGAGGAUGACAAGCAGAGCAUUAGUGGAAUAGACGGGAAAAAUUGAAGUCUUCAGUUAGAAGGGAACCAGAGGACAAUUUGAGCGGGCUUCUUAUACUGGCGUAGAUUCCAUAUUUAAGCCAGUUGAUUUACAAUUACGGAACCGUGUAUUGACUCUUCUCAGCCAAAUCUCAGACCCCAAUAUCCUCCAAGAGCAAGUUCCCACAGAAAUUUCAGACCACCUUCAUCUGCAACUGCUCCCGUAAAGAUCAGAACUAUGCACCCCACUGCAUCAAUGGAGGAGGUCAGACCUCAAAAUAUGGCAUCACUUGGAGCUGCUCCACCAAGGAUCAGAAUUGCGGCUCCUUCAUGUUCAACCAGACCAUCUGAAUGAUUUAACCUUGGAGAAGUACCUCCUGCUUUCAUGGCACCAGCUGUUCGAAUUAGAUCAGUUGUGCCCGUUUGUUCAGCUCCACCAUUGAGAAAGAUACCAAAUUCCGGCAAUGAUGCAGUGUCGCCAAACACAGAAAGAAAGAUUUAGGACUUUUAGAUGGGUCAAGAGUGGGUUCAGAGUUCAGAAAGUUAGGUUAUGAAUGGAUUAUAGAUACACUACAAGAUUCUCUUCUAUUAUAUUUUCGUUAUGCAAUAUGGUGGUUUUUGAGAAGCCAUUAAUGCUUCUUCAUUGUAACAAGCACAAAUGGUACUUUGCCCAUAGUCUAUGUACAUGUGAGUUUUAUAUUGCUCGAGCAUUAUCUCUAUGUAUACUUAAUAGCGAUUAUAUAUUGGUUUACAAGAUCUGUAUUGUCAUUA